AUGGCAACUACUGCCGACCACGACCCCUUGCGCCGCCCGGCGUCAGCACAUACGGCAAGCUGUGGUACAAUUCGUGCUCGAAAGGGAACCAGAAUCCCUGAUUUCUUCAAACCUGACCGCCCACCAAAGCACGGUCCUAUUUCCGGGACGUCCUUUCUAGACCUGCCACCACAUAUCCGUGACAAGAUCUAUGAAGAAGCAGGUUUUGGUGGUGACGAGUUUAUCGACCUGAAUCUCUGGACGGCCAGAGACUGGAAUGUACGUUGGAAGGACGAUGACGGGCAGCCGCCCAAUAUUGACGAGUGGACGGAGCCUCAGUGGUGUGGGCCAACCUUAAGGCCAUGGCGUUGUCCAUACAACCUAACACCCUUUCCUGUCGCACUUCUAUGGGCAGGUUCUCGCCUCAUCCAUCAUGAGGUCCAGGCCAAAAUGUACUCGGAGAACACCUUUGCAGUGAGCUUAGUGGGCAGUCAGGGCCUGCGACCAUUGGAGAUGCUCAGCGACGCAGCUCUCAGAGAACUCAGGGUCCUCUACAUAAGCAUAUGUCCUUGCAAGUGUCUUACUCCCUACUGCCAUAGGCUGGAUACGGACCACGACUGUUAUGAAUUUGAUUACCGGCCAGACCGCGGAGAGUUCUGGGAGUCUACACAAAUCCUUGUCGACGAUGCCCCUCAUAGCAGACCUCUUGGCUGUAUCAGUUGGACUGACAAACGAACUUUAAGUCAAUGGGGAAAAAUAUGUGCCCGCCUGAGAGCGAACUCUCGACCCCAUCAGCUUAGUCUCUACUUGGCGGCCAAUGUUGCUGAUCCACAAACUGCAAAUCGCAUCCUCGAUCCGCUCGACGGCUUGCCAAUAUUGAAAAACUUGGGCAUCAAUCUCGGCCGUCAUCUCAAGGGCUUUCAGAAGUUUGAGCCCAAGCCUUUGAUACGCCAGCUUGUGCAAAAGUUAACGGAUACAAUACCGCCUAAGCAGUUCCCUUUUUUGGACUUGCCACUUGAGCUACAGAUCAAGAUUAUACAGCAAACCAGAAUGGCCCACUACAGAAAUAACCACGUGCACUGGCUUGCAUCUUGGCCUCAUUGGCCCCGGAACACCUUGCAAGCCUGCUAUGGCAGGGAACAUGUACGCUCGUAUUAUACGGACCCCAACGGUGUGGUCCGUCUGGAUGAAGGCCUAGAUGACGUUGAACCCUUGGCUAGCUUAACUGCAUUUUGCUCUCUGGAGAAUCCCGCUGCCUUCAGCAAUCUAUGCCAGUGCACCUCUCUGGACGCACUUUUCCUAGUAAGCAAAGCCUUCUCAGUGGCCGCACAUGCGGUAUUCUUCACAGAAAAUACGUUUUCCCUUGAAUGCAGUGGUUCCACUCUGGAUCUUGUUGCCACUGGUCAGGAUCAUAUCUAUCCGCUCGCCCUACCGUCGUUUCUUCACUUUCUCCCGCACAAGUAUAUCCCGAGCCUGAGAAGCCUCCGCAUCAUCUUUCCUCCAUGUACACCAGACUACCUCGCACCGGGCCAGUCUGGCUGGGACGAAUGGGUAUGGUCUAUUGACCUUCUGGUACAGCUGGCGGACUUGACACGUUUGAAGCUUGAGAUUCACUUCAGUGAUCAGGAAGGAGACCGAUCCUUAGUUGAUAGGGACCCGGAGCAGCAUCAGCUAAAUCUCGAAUUUCGUCGUGCGCGCAUCCAUGGGGAUGUGAAAGCCGAGAAGGCUAUGCUGGAUGCAUACAAGCGCAUACUUAGCCCCCUGAAACGCCCAGGACCUCAGCUUCGUGCUUUGCUCGUAUAUGUGUCGUGGCCGUUGUGUGGCUUGGCAAAGGAGCGACGAAAGGCGGACGAGAGAAUGCUCGAAAGGAUGAUCAUGGGUCAAGAAUACGAUUCGGCCAAGUUUGGGAAGCGUGGCAGCAGCCUGUACUGCCAACCCAGGGAACAUCCUCGCCCGUAUUAA